AUGAUCACAGAACUCCCGAAGGACGUUACGUUGGAUGGCGAGUUGUUUGGUGGGAGGGGCGAGUUUCAGACUACAGCUGGGAUCGUGAAGACGAUGGGGUUGAAGGGAUGGAAGAAUAUCACGUUCCAGAUCUUAGAUGUCCCGUCGAUGGGCAAUGAGCCGUUCGAGGGUCGACUGCAGUCGCUCCAAGAGAACUUUGGUCAAGGUGGCAAAUACCACUCGAAAGAAUUCGUCGUGGUCGAUCAAACCAGUGCCGAGUCCUAUCACGUCUUCGAUAUGUUCAAGGAAGUCGAAGCGCACGGUGAAGAGGGCUUGAUGUUGAGGAAGCCUGGGAGUAAGUACGAGGGCCGGAGGAGCAGUACGCUGUUGAAGAUCAAGCCGUUCUUUGAUGCUGAAGCCGAGGUUACUGGUUAUGUUCCAGGCAAGGGUAAACAUACGGGUUCGACGGACGCGUUGAAGUGUAAGAUGGCGUCGGGAAAGGCCUUCGCCGUGGGAAGCGGUCUAUCAGACAGGCAACGAGCGAGACCGCCGAAGGUCGGGACGAUCAUCGUGUAUCGAUUCCAGGAGCUGACGAAGGACGGGGUCCCGAGCGCAUCCUUUCAAUACUCAUUAUCUCUCGGUGUCCGCACUGGGGCUCCCACUUUCGUCGGCGAAGCUGCAGACGAGAUUGUGGCGAAGGACGCGGAUGUGCCGGCGUCGAAGAAGGUCUGA